GCUUCUCAGUAUCACUCAGGAUUCCAACAAGUAUAUAAAAUUGGAUAAGCGAAAUUCGAUACCAUAGUGAGAUAGGUCGUGUAGGCUAGUGUUUCUAACCGCUAGCAAUAUACCGGUAUAGGUAGGUAUACAUUGAAUACAACAAGUGAAAGAGUGUCUCGUAUCUCGACCCUCGCACAAACAUUCAAUUCAUUUCUGUGUCAAACUCCGCACACGAUCCACGGUACUGAUAGAACUGCACAAUGGUCCUAAAACUGUACUACUUGGAAGAUGGGCCGCCUUCCCUCUCAUGCAGGCAAACCUUGGAGGCGCUGGGGGUACCCUUUGAGAUCGUCAACGUUAGCUUUUACCAUGGCGAGCAUAUGACUGAGGAAUUUGCAAAGAAAAACCCACAAAAGGAACUGCCAGUACUGGAAGACGAUGGUUUCUUUUUAAGCGAGAGUGUCGCCAUGAUGCAGUACAUAUGCGACAAAUUCAAGCCGAACAGCUCGUUGUACCCGACAGACUCAAAAGCAAGGGCUAUAAUAAACCAUCGGCUGAUGUUCACCAUGACUACAUACUACGCUGAGCUGUUAAAUUAUUUUAUUAUGCCGGUUUAUUUCAAAUACGAGCGUACUCCAGAGGCGUUGAAGCGUGUGCACCGUGCUCUAGACUUGUUUGAAACGUACCUGGAGCGCGAGAACACCAGCUAUUCUGCUGCCAACCACCUCACCAUCGCUGACUUCCCUCUCAUCAACGCCACUAUGGCUAUGGAAGUCACUGACUUCGACUUUUCUAAAUACAAAAGGAUAACAAAAUGGUACAAUGACUUUAAGAAGAACCAGCCCAAACUAUGGAGCAUCACAGCCGAGGGUAUGAGAUUGAUGAGGAAAUGUGUAGAAAACCCACCAGACCUAUCACACUUAAACCACCCUAUACAUCCUGCGAGGAAAGCCGAAUAGAACAGCUAAACGAAAACUAUUCUGAACCAUUUUCUCUAAUACUUUUGUAAUUUUCGAAGAGAGGGCGCUGAAUUCAAUUUUUGUAGGAAUAAGAAUGAAGUGCAUAUAUUUUAUCAAAUGUUGAAAAGAAUACUGCUUUACUUUUUUUCUUUUCGAAACAUCUACAUGUCUACUUAAUACAUUUUGUAAAUUAUAA